AGGACAGUUCGCCUCUGCAGCGCUGCAAGGACAGAGUGAACAUCUCUGGGACGCAAACGGACCAAAGCUCUCAACAAUCACACGCUCUUCACCAUGACAGCCAUGCCAAUCACUGCACUGGACUGACAGCUGUCAAUCGACAGGAGAAGAUUAUCAGGAUCACCUGCUACAGGAGAGAUUACAAGCUACAAUAAGGGACUUAAGCGGAGUAAUUCCAACUUGGUUGGUUGGUUAGAAGUUGGUUAGAAGAAGGGAAAUUGGCCAUUUAUGAUCCCUUAACUGAAUGCCUGAAUGUGUUCAUGAGUGUGUGCUUUAGUGGGAGUGUGUACGAGGUUUUCUUGCUGUAUAUCAGGGUCACAGUCUUACUGGCUGUCACCCGUCAGUGAAGUGCCACAAUAAGCUUCAGUAGAGCCCGUUUUAGUGGGUAGCUCUGUUUAUUUUUGCAUUUUAGCCAAGAAAACCAUGAGUGAGGGCAAGAAGGAGUUAGAGAUGAGGGACAAAGCCAUCAUGCACCAGCAGAGGAGACUGAAACAAGCCACCCAGUUCAUGCACAAGGACUCCGCGGAUCUUCUGCCUCUGGAUGGGCUGAAGAGGUUGGGAACUUCCAAAGACCUGCAACCCCACAGCAUCGUUCAGCGCCGUCUCCUGGAGGGCAACAUUCCACGUUUGCGUGGAGAGGCCCGGGACGUCCCAUCUCAUAUUUGUUCACCCCUGGCAGACAGCAAAGAGGGCGGCGAGCCGGAGGAGAGGAGCGAGAGCACGGUGGAUGACUCCACAGAGGAGAAGGAGUCUCCAGAGGAGAGCGAAAAGAGCCUGAGGUCUGAUGAGGAUGAUGAAGAUGAAGGGGACAGCAGCGAUGCAGGUGGAAAGACCGAGUCCAAGCAGAAAAAUCAAAUAGAAGAGAAGACGAAGAAAGUGCUUGAAGAGGAUGAGAGAGCAUCCACCCUCUCAGCUCUAGUGGUCCAGUGUAAGUGUGGAGAUGCAGAAGUGAUGUUAUCCAUAAACACAGGGUACCAAUACAACCAUAUCUCUAAAACAUGCUGCAGAAGACUUGGACUGAAAACCAACCUAGGAGAGAAACCUCAUGACAAGCUGCCACUCAGUGAUUCGACAGUGGAGACAGUGAAGUCCCUGCACCUGCAGCUGGGCACAGAAAGAGUGCAAUGCACUGCCCAGGUCAUAGAGGACGCCACAUUUGAGGUGUGUCUGGGUCUACAGACUCUGCUGGAACUCAAAUGCUGUGUGGAUCUGAACUCCAGAGUGCUCCGGCUCCACAGCACAGAGCAGGAGCUUCCCUUCCUGGAUCCACCUGCUAGCAGCCUGUGCCAUCACCAUGACAACAACAAAAACAUGUGACCUCGGACCUACGUGCCCAACAGCCACCAUGAC